AUGGAUGUGUAUCGGGCUGUGGUGGAAUUGUACGACUAGUUCCAGCGGUUCGUUUUCGCAUCUUCUAUUGAUUCGCGCCAAAGCACGGGCGAGCGGACACGGGACCAGGGCCAUGGCAGGACAGGGUGUGUCCUUUGCUGGUUCUCUGCUGCUGGUCCUCACAUGUCUCUCAUGGACCCUUUCGUCCGCACAAUAUACUGCAAAGACAGCCGUACUGGAUGACGAUGUUGCGCUCACCUGCAACACGUUUUGCCAGGGCCCUAGGACAUGGACGGAUCUCGAUGGAAAUGAGGUGGCCCAUUGUGAGGUGGAUGGCCGUUGCAGAUCCGCUGAUGAAAACAUCAAGAUGUCGAAUGACAGCAAGGACGGGAAACAGUCCCUCGACCUUGUCAUCAGUCCGGUUCACUUCAAUAAUCAGGGAUUCUACCUUGGGACAUGUGACGGACACUAUUGUGAUAAGAAGCUUCAGGUUUUGGCUCCUCAAAGAGUGAUUGUGCACACUGGAGAAAAUAUCACCCUACCAUGUCACGCUAUCACAAAGAAGAACGAAAUGGACCAAAAUAUCUACGGCUUGUGGGAGAAGAAUGGUGAAAUGGGUGUGAAGCUGGAUGGCGGAGUUCUCACACAUGGCGUCAUUCCGAUGGACAGAGGACUGAUCUCCAGGGAUGGCUACAAGAGGGGAGACCUGUCGCUUUCUCUCUCCUUCGUCCGUCCAUCUGAUGCAGGGCUGUACCAGUGCCAUUACUCACCGAGGCGGGACACCGACAACUUUCAAGGGGCUCCAAACUCAGUGGUGCUUGAAGUACUUGUUUCCACCUUUCAAGUCCAAGACGAUGCUCCUGUAACGGUGCCGGUGAUCUCCGACGGGCCAGUCGCCGUGACCUUCAAAGGUCAUGAUGGUGGCCCAGAGGACGAGGUUUGCACUCUGAGCGAGGGACUGCCACAGUGUAACCCUCAGCAUGGUGGCAUGUUCGCUAUGCAAGACGGCAAACUCACUUUCACUCGCGGAAUUUCAACUCGUGGCGAAGUUUACGUCCUGAAGGAUGUGAACAAAGGUUACGUUAUCUACCGCUUCAACGUCACCAGGGCUGCCAAAGAACUGUUGAGUGGAUGA